AUGGAGCGGGACCAGGAUCGGGAUCGGGAUCGGGACCAGAACCGGGACCAGAACCGGGACACGGAUCUGGAGCGGGACCAGGAUCGGGAUCGGGACCAGGACCGGGACCGGGACCAGGACCAGAACCGGAACCGGGACACGGAUCUGGAGCGGGGACCAGGAUCGGGAUCGGGACCAGGACCGGGACCAGAACCGGGACACGGAUCUGGAGCGGGACCAGGACCGGGGACCGGGACCGGGACCCAGGACCAGGAUCGGGACCGGGAUCAGGACCGGGACCGGGACCGGGACCAGGACCAGGAUCAGGACCAGGACCAGGACCGGGACCGGGACCGGGACCGGGACCAGAACCGGGCCCGGCACCGGGAGCUGUGUCCCAGCCCGGAGCGGCCCCGGGCCCGGCCCGGCCCCACGCGCUGGGGGAUCUGCUCGGCCGGGGCCAUCAGCCACGACUUCGUGCUGGCCCUGGGGACCCUGCCCCGCUCCGAGCACACGGUGGCCGCGGUGGCCGCGCGGGAUUUGGGGCGCGCCGAGGCCUUCGCGCGGCGCCUGGGGGUGCCCCGGGCGAACGGGUCCUACGAGGAGCUGGCCCGGGACCCCGAGCUCGACGUGGUGUACGUGGGCACGGUGAACCCCGCUCACCUGCCCCUGGGGCUGCUCUUCCUGCGCCGCGGCCGCCCGGUGCUGAUGGAGAAGCCGAUGGCGCUCGGGGCCCGCGAGGUCGCGCAGCUCGUGGGGACGGCGCAGGAGAAAGGGGUGUUCCUCAUGGAGGGUUUCUGGACGCGUUUUUUCCCGGCCUGGCGCCGCCUGCGCUCGCUGGCCCGGGGGGGCUCCCUGGGGUCCCCCCUGGUGCUGCGGGGGCGGCUCGGCUUCGCCCUGGCGGGGGUCCCGCGGCUGCGGCUGCCGGGGCUGGGCGGGGGGGCCCUGCUGGACCUGGGGGGCUACGGGCUGCAGAUGGCCACGGCCCUGCUGGGGGGGGGACAGCCCCCCACCCGCCUGACAGCCCACGGCACGUUACAUCCUACUGGCGUGGACGAGUCGGUGUCGGUGUCGCUGCAGUUCCCCGGGGGGGGCCUGGCCUCGCUGCUCUUCUCCAUGGCCGCGGAGCUGCCGGGGGGGGCGGCGCUGGGGGGGCCGCGCGGCUGGGCCGAGCUGCCCUCGCACAUGAACUGCCCCACGGAGCUGCUGUGGGGCGGGCGCCGCGAGAGCUUCCCGCUGCCCCGCCCCCCCGCCCGGCCCCCCAACUUCCCCCACGGCGCGGGGCUGCGCUACGAGGCCCAGCACGUGCGGGAGUGCCUGCUGCAGGGGCUGACCGAGAGCCCCGAGAUGCCGCUGGCCGAGAGCGAGCUCAUCGCGCGCCUGCUGGACCAGGCCCGGGCACAGGGUGGGCGUGGGGCCGGCCGGAGCGACCUCUGACCCCGAGUGACCACCGGAGUGACCUCUGACCCCUGAGUGACCACGGGAGUGACCACCGGAGUGACCACCGACCCUGAGUGACCUCUGACCCCGAGUGACCACCAGAGUGACCACUGGAGUGACCACCAACCCUGAGUGACCUCUGACCCUGAAUGACCACCAGAGUGACCACUGGAGUGACCUCUGACCCUCUGGAGUGACCACUGGAGUGACCUCUGACCCCUGAGUGACCACUGGAGUGACCGCUGACCCCGAGUGGCCGCGGCAGCUCCGGUGCCGUCCGUGGCUCAAUAAAAGCUCUGAAACCUCCCCAAAACACGGCUGGGUCACUCCCAGUUCAUCCCAGUAUGAACCAGUAUAACCCAGUCCAUCCCAGUAACACCCAGUCCAUCCCAGUAACUCCCAGUCCCUCCCAGUAUGAACCAGUAUAACCCUGUCCAUCCCAGUAACACCCAGUCCAUCCCAGUAACUCCCAGUCCCUCC